AUGGAGCUUGAAUGCUUGGAAAAUGGGGCCCCACUUACGGAUUUAACAUUCAUUGGCGUUUUGAGAAAACUCUCUAAGUUGUCUGUGUCCAGAUGUGGACGUCCAGCUGAUGUAAAAACAGAUCACUUUCCAGCCAUUUGUAAAACUCACCACAAAGCUUUUACGUGGCUGAAGACAUUGUCUCUUUCAAACCGAAACUUUGAGAAUGUCAGUUCAAGACCUUUAGCAUGCUUAUAUAAUCUUCAGCAUCUAACUUUGAGGUAUGAUUAUAUUUCCACCGUUGAGGAUGGUGCUUUUCAGCACAUGAGCAGGCUGAAAACAUUAAACCUUGGCCACAAUAAGAUUUCUGUGCUGGGAGCACAACAUUUUGUUGGUCUGUAUAGACUGGAAACCCUGGUGAUUGAGGAAAAUCCUCUGAUGACCAUUGAGCCACAGUCCUUUGUCAGUUUGAGGUCUAUAAAAGAAGUCACCCUUGGGGUCCUGAAUUUUCCCUCCCCUGAGUCCUCAGAGAUCCAACUAAAUCUGACUAACGUAUUUGGUGGCAUUCCUGAAAAUUUGACUUACCUCUCCAUCAGCUCUGGCAGACGUCCCAUGACCCUGAUCAUUGGCGGCAAUGACGUCCCGAACACAACCCUCACUCUUUAUCCUCAUCUCGGCAUUAUGUUCCACAAUCUGACCAGACUGGAAAAUCUCACACUCGCCCACUGUUGGAUACACUCUCUGGAGAAAGACCUGAGCAAAGAUCUACAAUCACUGAGAGUUUUGUAUCUGCUAAUAGAUAAUGAAUUCAGUGUGAGUGAGAGCUUCUUCGACCCUCUAAGGAGCCUUUCAUAUCUUAUCAUGGUUGAGCCACGUUUAGUCUGCAGUUGUGACAAUGCUUGGCUUAGUGAUUGGGUAAAACAACAGAGACAAGUCCAGGUAUAUUUAUCAAAAGCCAUCGUGUGCAAAAAUGAGGAUGGGAUCCAGAGCCUCUCUAAAUACACUCAUGCUCAUUGUUUUAUGGAUUUAGAAUUUCUAUUUUUCGUCUCCACCUCUCUUGUGCUUCUGCUCUUCAUGUUGGUGGUACUGCUCUACAAACUGGCUGGUGAAUACCUGUUGGCUUUCUUUUACAUUGCCCGUGGUUGGGUGGAGGAGGCCAUGCGCAGAAACAAAAGGGGGCGCUAUCAGUUUGAUGCUUUCGUGUCCUACUGUGGGAAGGACGAGCCCUGGGUUGUGGAGGAACUUCUGCCUAAUCUGGAGCAGCGAGGUCCUCCUUUCCUUCAACUCUGCCUGCACGCCAGAGACUUCCAACCAGGGAAAGACAUCGUGGAGAACAUCACAGACAGCCUGUACAGGAGCCGCCGCACCCUGUGUCUAGUCAGCCGCAACUUCCUUCGCAGCAACUGGUGUUCUCUGGAAAUGCAACUGGCUACCCACCGCCUUCUGACAGAACGCCGAGACAUUCUUAUCCUGGUUUUUCUGGAAAAGAUUCCUUCUCGCCAAUUAUCCGCACAUCACAGGCUUGCCCGGCUGGUAAAGACCAGGACCUACAUCGACUGGCCACAAGAUCCCACACAGCGUGAAGCAUUCUGGGACAGAUUGUGGGCCAAACUAACACCUCAGACUUAA